CAGCGUCACACGCUGCGGCACAGACACGUCGACUGAAGAGGCAGGCCUCAAAUAUUAUUGCUUCAAGAUGUGAAUGCCAUUUAACUACAGAUAAGAACAAUAUUGUCAUCUCUCGCGACGACCGUUAAAUUAUUGCCUGUUUGAUUUUUUUUGUGUGUGUUUUAAUGGUGUUGAUUAUAAUAUAAUGAUGUGUUUUAACGCCAAAACCGAUAGCAGGAAGACAUUUACAGGGAUUCAGCGAUUUUCAUGAUGGCAUGAAUUUUUAAAAAGGAAAUGUCAAGACGAAGCACAAGCUUUCCAUCACCCGCAUCUUUUGAACGAUCCUCGCACAGGCCUCGAACUUCACUGAGGCAUACUUGCUCACUGCCAGCAGUACCAGUACAUCCCGUUGCUAUGGUAAACCGCGUGGACCAGCUUGAAGACAGGGUUGUCAGUCAUGAGAAGACAUCUCCCACCACUGUGAAGCAAGCAUUGCGUAUGAAGGAGGAGGUUGUAAACAAUCUGCAAGGCCCGCAGAGGAAAGGGGUGGGAGAGCAGGAUGCCCGGCAGCUCCUGGAAGAGCAUAUCCAGACCAUUACAGCCACUGUGAGCCGACUGAACAGAGAUAUAGAGGUUCUCCAGGAGCAGAUCCAUGCUCGGGAUGGUGUUAGCUAUGGCACUAAUACUGCACUCAAGAGCCUGGAAAUGCAACAGCUGUGUAGCCUGGGUGACCUUCGAUGGAGAAUUGCUAGGUGUGACGCCAGUAUUUCUAGACUGUCUGCAGAAGUGAAGACUACACAAGAGAGCAUCCAGAAUUUAGCCAAAGAGCAGAAAAGCUCUAAAGCUGAUGUGGAAUGCAAAAUCAAACAUAUAGAAAUCCAGAUAUCUAGGGUCUUAGGUAAGAUUGAGCAUUCUGUGGCACAGCAAGAAGCUAAGAUUAAGGCAAACCAAGAGGACAGCAGUCACCAGCUCCACCUACUGGAAGCUAAGUUGGAAGGGGUGUCAGAAGACCUGAAGGGCCAGUUGGUAUCAGUUCAAAACUCUCUGGAAAAGGAACAGGAACGGGCAGUCACAGAGUGUCUUACGAAGAUUGAGCAACUUUCACUAGUCAUGAAGGAACAAACGGAUAAAAAUGACAAGAUUGUGGAAGAGAGGUAUGGUCAACUCUCCAUGAAGCUUGAUAAGAUUGAGGAGAUACAGAAAAUGAAUUUAGGGUCCCACAGAGUGAAGCACGCAGAGGAAAAGGAAAACGACCGGAUCAACAAGAUAGAGAAAGAAAUACAGGACAUGAGAGCAGAGACUAACGCUGGUUUCGCUGCCAUUCAUGAGAGUCUGGGGUCCCUAAGACAUGUACUUGAAACUAAAAUGAAGCUGGAGAAGGACCAACUCCAGAAACAGAUCCACCAGGUGAAGAAGAUGACCCAGUCUUCUGCGCAGGAAAACCAGCAGAAGUUGCAUAUGUAAAUGAAUGUAUUAUAUCAUAUGAAAGUGGGCCCUUUCAUACAUGUAUGUAAUGGUAGGUUUAUUGCAAUAUAUAAAUAAGCACAUAUGCCUGUUCUAGCACACACUGUUCUUGCAUUGGUCUAUGAGAGCGCAGACAAACUCCCUUUAGCCUCUCAAAGAAAGAGCAUCAGUCAGUUGCACAGCUGAUUAAUUGAUCAUUUUUUUGUAAUUUCCAAAAUAACAAUAUUUUUAUAUAACAGCCACACAAGUCGAUGUCCUAAACCUGCCCCACACUUAAAGGAGUUACAGAAGAACAGCUGAGAUGAUUUCUGCAAAACUAUGCCGUUCUGCAUAAAACGAUUUUGUUUUUUUGUGAAACUAACAACCACAAUAUUUUUUUCUGCUAAGUACCACAAGUGCCAAGAUCCUGUCUGAACUUGUGAUGAAAUUGUAUAGUAUGCUAGUAAAUUAUCUUAUCAACAUCACUGCAUUUCAUUUGUGGUUUAUUUGUGUAUGUGAGGCUUAGGACACUUUAAAGUAGUGCUAACUAUUGCUUUCUAUUUUACAUGUAAACUCUUCAGCUAGCAUCUUGAGUCCACUGUUCUAAUUUAACAGUCACAUUUUAAAUACAGACUUUUUAAUCUUUCAUGAAUAGCUACACCAUAUACAGUUUCUGGAAGAAAAUAUUAAAAUCUUGACAGCAGUCCAAUUAAAGGAUGGUGCUGCUGAAGAAGAGAAAACUGUUUAUUCCAACGAGGGGGCUUGCAGACCUAAUAAAUGUGACAGAGAAACUGUAAUAGGGAGGUUUUGUAUUUCUGAUCCAGACCACUGUUUGUUUUUUAAUUCAUUACCAGUGUGUGUUUAUAGGUUGUUUUGAUAGAUUGGCUUCACACAUGUGUUGCAAUAUCAUUUUUAAAAGGUCUCUAGGAGGUGGUGACUGAAACAGAAAAGGGUCCAGUGAAUCUAAAAAGAAGAACUCAUUAGUAAAGACAGCUGAUAUUUUCUACUCAUGUCAAGUUGUUCUUUUCAUGUAAUAGUUACAGUUAGCACAGAUGGUUCACUUUAACUACAUUGUAUGCAUUAUAAACAGGGGUUCUGAUUUAGUUUCUCAGUAAAGCUUGAUUUCUACCUUAUAAUCAAUGUUGUGUGUACGUAGUUACUGUAAAAGUCAAGGACAUUUACUUAACCAAUGAAUGGGAACCAUUUUGUAAAAUAUACAUGAAGAUAUUUGCUUUUUUUUUAAAUGUCUUAAUGAAAGUAUCCUGUAUUAUAAAAAAAAAAAAAACUGUAACCAUUGUUGCAAUAAACCUGUGUGUAAAUAUUUUAUGAAAAUGCAAUACAAUUCAAUAAGUAAAUACAGGGUGCAGAUCACUGGGACCUCAAUGCAGAACCUUUAACAGGAGUGCUGAAGAAUACAUUUGGCAAAAAUGGUAGAAUAUCAUAAAUAAAUCAAUACAAAUAAAAACACACAUUUAUACUACUUUAACCAUGUACUUUAAUCAUGUAAUAACAUUGUAUUAACUGGUAAUUGCCAACAUAUCCAUUGUGUAAUUACAUGGAACAGCUUCUAUCAUACUGUUACCAUGUAAUUACAUUAGGUAUUAAGCUGUUGUUCACAAGGCCAUUUCCAUGUAUUUGCACAGUAGUUAUCAUGUAAGAGCACGAAACUAGUUAUUUAAUCACAAAACUAGACUUAAUCCUGGGAUUGUUGUGAUGUUUUUAUUCCUAGGACAUGAAUCAACUGGGGAAUAAAGCUGAUGAUCUGUGUUUAAAAAUAUCAAAGCAAAGACAAAGAAUAUUUGAUAUAUUUGACCUCACUCUCUUAUAUAUGGUAAUAAUGGAACACACAGAUCACAGGAAAUAAAAGCACUUAAGCUCAAUCAGAUACUGUAAAGCCAUACAUAUUUGCAAGCCUUUUAUUAUGC